AUGAAACAUACUCCCUUGCUCGCUCCUUCAUCUCUCACCACCAUUUCACCCACCCAUCACCCCUCUCAUUCUGCUACACUUCCCAUCACCACACCCACCAACCUCACCUCUAUUUCUUCUUUCCACAUUCCACCAUCACUUCACCACCUACCUACCCUUUCUUUCUCUUUCCUUCGCCUCCCACCACCACACUCACCUCUCUUCCUGCUUCAAGAUUUAGCACAGGGCUUGCAGAUACAGAGACAAAAGAAGAAGAAGGGGAACCUGAACCGGAAUCAGACUGUUGCAGUGAUAACCAUACCGGUUGCUCUUAAGAUCGCCAUUGAGUUUAGAACGAGGAGUUUGUCUCAGUUGCAGGAGAAGACGAUGAAAGUCAACAUCUUGCAGUGGCAUGCUGUUGCUUCAUGGACAUGGGAUGCACAAGAUGAAACAUGUGGGAUUUGCAGGAUGGCAUUUGAUGGUUGUUGUCCUGAUUGUAAACUCCCUGGGGAUGAUUGCCCACUAAUUUGGGGUGCAUGCAACCAUGCGUUCCAUCUUCAUUGCAUCUUAAAAUGGGUAAAUUCACAGACUUCUCAGGCGCAUUGCCCCAUGUGCCGCAGGGAGUGGCAAUUCAAAGGGUGA